CUCCAGCAUGAGGCGGCAGGAGGCGCGAGGAGACACCGACUGAUCAGAGCCCCGCAGCCCCGCAGCCCCGCCGCUCUCCGCUCAAACCCGGCUGCCGCUCGGAGGAUCCGCGCCGCGCUCUGACCGGAGACUUUCGAAGGAGUUCGUUUGGUUUUGAACCUGCGAGACGCGGAGCGAAGAGACACCGCCCCGGACACAGGUGAGAGGGAACUUCACCCGCUUCGAGGCGCAAACAAUCAGGAUUUGCCCACGGCUCUUGCGCACAGGCGGACUCUCGGGGAGAGUUAUGGCUCUCCGGGGGAAACUGGGAAUCUGAGCUCCCCGAGUCCGAGGAACUGGACCAACUGGACGCCGAUUUGUUCAUAUCUUCAGCAUAUUCCAGCUCCGCUCAGCUCCAGGUGCUUACAAUGUUCCAGCACAGCAAUAACAAGAAAUGCUUCACCAUAGAGUCCCUGGUCGGGAAGGAGGCGAACGGCCACAGUAGCGGCGGCGGCUCCGGGGAGGAGCCCAUCCGGCCCACGGCGCUCAGGUUCCCGGAGUCCCUGCACCCGGCCGCCGCCGCCGCCGCCGCGGCCGCCGCCGCCGCCGGGGUCUUCGGCUCCUGCUUCCAGGGAAGCAGCGGCAGGACUUUGUACUCGGCCGGGCCGGACAUGGUGCUCCAGGAGCCCGGGACGCACACGCAGAGCCCCGGCGGGCUGCCGCUGCACCCGCUGCAGAUCUCCCCGCAGAGCUUCUUCAGCCCGCAGCACCGGGACGCGCUCAGCUUCUACCCCUGGGUGCUGCGGAGCCGGUACCUGGGACACCGCUUCCAAGGGGAGGACAGCAGUCCGGAGAACCUGCUGCUUCACGGUCCGUUCUCCAGGAAACCCAAAAGGAUCCGGACGGCGUUCUCUCCGUCUCAGCUGCUCCGUCUGGAACGGGCCUUCGAGAAAAAUCACUACGUGGUCGGAGCCGAGAGGAAGCAGUUGGCCAGUGGGCUGUGUCUGACCGAGACGCAGGUGAAGGUGUGGUUUCAGAACCGCAGGACGAAGCACAAGCGCCAGAAGCUGGAGGAGGAGUCUCCUGAAGCUCAGCAGAAGAGGAAGGGCAGUCAGCACGUCAGCCGCUGGAGGGCGGCCACACAGCAGGCGGGAGGGGAGGACGUGGACGUCAUCAGCGAGGACUAGACUGCAGCGCGCGCACGCCCACGCACGCACGCGCACGCACACACACACACAGAGCUGUCCGCACACAAUGAUAACGCACGUUCAGUCAGACGCACACGCUUCCAUAGAGUCGUAUCGCGGAGACGCCCGGAGGACUUUCAAGGUGCAGUCAGACGCCUUCUCCACUUGUUUCACAGCUCUUCCUCUGUGCGUCAGGAAUUAGACUCGUCCUGGCCAACGAUGAACUACAGCUCCGUGUCCUGUUGCAACUCAGGUCGAUGAGUUUUCUCCUCACCCAUGUUCGUCAUCGUAAGGAUUUUCCAAAUUUUGCGGCGAAUUGCUCGUUAAUUUACGUCCGCGUGGACCGUGCGGACUAAACCAGGCAGGUCUCGAGACGUAAUCCGCAUAAAUCCAAACAGGGCUUUGUCAGAGGAGAGAGAGCAGAGUUCACCGAGGAGAAAACCAUGACACACAAGUAGAAAAGCAACUUGGGCAAAAAGCGGACACUGAACGCACCACGAGGCUGACUUCAGCUCUCAGGACCAACAACGUAGAGCAGCAGAGCUGAGCUGUAAUGACUCUGUAAACCACGAUCUGCGAACCUUUGGAUUCAUACACCAAAACAAAAAGUGAGAGCUCACCCAAGAGUGUAGUCAGUGUUUUGAGCUGGAGCUGGAUCUGGAUCUGGGUGGGCGGGAGUCUUCCUGUCUCCAAAGCCGAUCUCUCCUCGUUUUUGCAUGAAUUCUCCUUUACAUCCGCUCAUUUCCACCUCGGGGGAAACGUCAUGCUGUUGGGCUCAGGGUAAUUCUCAGUGAGCUCCGUUACUAUUUUCAUUGGUCUAAAAAAGAGACGUAAACUUAUCGAGCUGGAACACUUUUAUAGUUUCAAGAGAUUCUGUAGAGACACACUGAGCUGAGCUGUAGCCAAGAUGUAAAUGUAUAUAUAUGUGUGUGUGUGUGUGUGUGUGUGUGUGUGUGUGUGUGUGUGUGUGUGUGUGUGUGUGUGUUCAGGUCGUCAUUCAUGGCUUUUUUUUAUUUAAGUGGUGUUUUGCCUGGUUUGGUUAGAAAGAAAUCCUGGUCCUAACGUUUGGCUCACUUCAACACACAUUCCUCAAAGUUGUAUUAUACACUAUUAUUUCAAUUUCAAAAUAAAAGAUGAUGUUGCAACAUGAGACGCAUUUUGACAGGCUUCACUGAUCCAACCGACGCCGGUCCAGAGACUCGUGCAUGAGAACGCGACGCUGCAACGAUCUGCAGUUUGCACAUGAGCAGCGCUCGCUGGUCGCUGUCCCAAAACCAAAAGCCUGAAUUCCACCAAAAUUGAAAUUUACUAAUCGGAUCUUGUCUCAAAAAAUCUCCGCAUCCGCCAAAACACAGAGGUUACAGCGUUCGUGUCCUCUGUGUUGGCUGCAGCGCUGACGGCCUUUGGCAUGUUUGCCAAAAAGGCUUUGCCAACUAGCUCCGGUGUUCUCAAGUGGUCAGAAUCGGCCAAAAACAGCUGGAGGAGACGGAACAGAUUUCAUACCGAGCUUGAAAUGAAAAUCCCUCGAAACCUGUUGUGAGUUUCCAGAUCGGUUUCUGCUCCCGCUCAGAUCCUCAACUACUGUUUGAUUACGGCCCCUUUUUCUUUUCUGCUUUGUCACAAACAGACUUUAAUCCUAACAGACGCAAUAAUCUGUCCAAAAAUAA